AUGUCUGUACGCCCAGACGACAAAGACAAAAUUGACAGGAUCAUCCAGCAGGAGCCGGGCGUCCGCAUCUUCCUGAAGCCUCUGGCACCUCCAGCGGCCCUCGGACUUGCUGGUUUUGCCGGCUCAACCUGGAUCACCGCUUCUUGGAUUGCUGGUUGGUGGGGAAAUCCGAGCUCACCGACGGUUUUCUUUCCUUUCGUGGCUUUCUGGGGCGGUCUUGCCCAGUUCCUGGCCGGAUUGAAGGGCUAUCCUGCGAGAGAUGCGUUAGUAACCGUUAUUAACGUUAUGUGGGGAAGCUUUUGGAUGAGUAGCGGUUUGCUUAAUCUUCUGGUGGCAACCGGUGUGAUCGCUGAUCACAGCAUUCAUGAGCAUUUCCCUGAACUAGCCGCGUGGUUCGUCGUUCUGAGUUUCUUCACGUGGUCUGGAGUCAUCGCAUCUGCAGCUCGAGACCUAGUGCUUUGCGCCACCUUGAUGACGCUAGCUAUUGGCUCUACCAUCGCGUGUUGCCUCUUUGCAUAUGGGAGCGGAGUUGAAAAGGGAAUGAAAGUAGCCGCUUAUUUCUGGAUCGUCAGUGCCAUCUUGGCCUGGUGGCGUGUAACAGUUUACCUUGUUGAGGAAGCCUAUGGACAAAGUACAAUCGUGAGGUUCUUCCCUAUCUUCCGCACUUCUAUCGAGGAGCGCAAACCAUUGGUCGUGGCAGGGCUAGGGGAACCGGGAGUGAAGCGCGGGAUGCCUGGCUCGACCUGA